UGGUUACUACUGUUAUCUCCAACGUCCUUCUUCUCUCUCUCUCUCUCUCUCUCUCUCUCUCUCUCUCUCUCUGUUUCUGAGCAUGCAUAUGCAUUUCUCAGAAAAGGGUCCAAGCCAAUAAAGAAAAGUUGCAGUUUUUGAAGAACGGGUCCUAUUGGGUUCUUCCUAUUUCGCACGCACACACACACACACAAAACACAAGACAACGUUAUCUUUCUCUGUUUCCGAUCCCAAAAUGCGGUUUCCUCUCUCUUUCUCUCCCCUUGCAAACUCAGUGUAAUUGCUUCAGAUUCCAUCUUCCUCCUUUACGCUUCUCCCUAAAGCUUUGCACUUGGAGGAAUUUUCCAACGCGCCCCACAAGAAAAAGAUAAAGUGGGUCUUCUUUUCUGCUCAAAAAGCUUCUUUCUUUGCUCCAAUUUCUUCGUUUUCUUUAUCUCUCUCUGUGUGUGUGUGUCCUCUGAAACAGAGCAGAAUCUGUGGUAUUUCCAAAGGGACUAGUGUCUCUUUUUCUUUCUUUGUUUUUUCUUUUCUUUUCUCCCUGUGGUGGGUUCUUGAGUAGAAAUGGUGGGGGUGAGAAACAUUGUGCUGUUGUUGCUGUGCAUUACUGUUGUUGCUCCAAUUGUGCUCUACACUGAUCGCCUUGGAACCUUCAAAUCCCCCUCCACCAAGCAAGAGUUUAUUGAAGAUGUUACUGCUUUUGCUUUGAGUGCAGCAGACUCUGGCCACUUGAAUCUGCUACCCCAGGAAACUUCAACGGCCGUUAAAGAACCUAUUGGGGUUGUGUAUACUGAGGACUCAACUAAAGCAAAGAAUUUGCCUAAAGACUUGCAAUUGGUGGAAUCAAGGGAGCAUGUAUCUGCCAGGGUAUUGUCAACUACAACUGAGAAAGAUCAUCAAACUAAAAAGGAGAACCCUAUCAUCAAACUGGUGACAGAUGGAAUUAAACAAGGAAAUCAAGGCGGCAGCACCUUGGAGAAAGCUGAUGUAAGUGGUGAAAAUGUAAAUGGGGAAGAUGAUGCUAUUGAUGUUGAUGACAAUAAUGAGAAACUUACUAAAUCAGCUCGUGGAUCUACUCAAAAGCCUCAAAUUAAGACCAACAAGCAGGAACAACAAGCAACAGAAACUUCUAGCAAAGUAAACAAGGAAGAGCCCUUAUUGUCUGAAACCAAUAAGCAGAAUGACCAAACUCCAUCAGAUGCUCGGGUACAGCGAAUAAAAGAUCAGCUCAUCCAAGCUAAGGUCUAUCUGUCCUUUCCAGUGGUAAAAAGCAACCCCCAUCUCACUCGGGAGCUUCGAUUACGGAUAAAAGAAGUUUCACGAACACUUGGAGAUGCAAGCAAAGAUUCUGAACUACCCAGGAAUGCAAAUGAGAGAAUGAAGGCAAUGGAGCAAACAUUGAUGAAAGGAAAACAAAUUCAAGAUGACUGUGCUGCUGUUGUGAAGAAGCUUCGGGCUAUGCUCCACUCAACGGAGGAGCAACUUCGUGCGCACAAGAAGCAGACUUUGUUCUUAACUCAAUUGACAGCAAAAACACUGCCCAAAGGUCUUCAUUGUCUUCCAUUGCGCCUUACAACUGAGUAUUAUAAAUUGAAUUCUUCUCAGCAAGAGUUCCCCAAUCAAGAGAAGUUAGAAGACCCUCAACUAUAUCAUUAUGCAAUAUUCUCAGACAACAUAUUGGCAACAGCUGUGGUUGUGAAUUCUACUGCUUCCAAUGCUAAGGAUGCCUCAAAACAUGUUUUCCACAUUGUUACGGAUAGGCUCAAUUAUGCUGCAAUGAGGAUGUGGUUUUUGGUGAAUCCACCAGGCAAGGCAACCAUUCAAGUUCAGAACAUUGAAGAUUUUACAUGGUUGAAUUCAAGUUACAGUCCUGUUCUUAAGCAGUUGGGUUCCCCAUCUAUGAUAGAUUAUUACUUCAAGGCUCAUCGAGCAACUUCUGAUUCAAACCUGAAGUUUCGGAAUCCAAAGUAUCUAUCUAUCUUGAACCACCUCCGCUUCUACCUGCCUGAGAUCUUUCCAAAGCUCAACAAAGUGCUGUUCCUGGAUGAUGAUAUAGUUGUGCAGAAGGAUCUGACUGGUCUUUGGUCAGUUGAUUUGAAAGGCAAGGUAAAUGGUGCUGUAGAAACGUGUGGAGAAAAUUUUCACCGAUUUGAUCGCUAUCUCAACUUCGCCAAUCCUCUUAUUGCAAAAAAUUUUGACCCACAUGCUUGCGGAUGGGCAUACGGUAUGAAUGUAUUUGAUUUAGUGGAAUGGAAGAGGCAAAACAUCACAGAGGUGUACCACAACUGGCAGAAUCUGAAUCAUGAUAGACAACUCUGGAAGUUAGGAACCCUGCCACCAGGUCUCAUAACAUUCUGGAAACGCACUUUCCCACUGCACCGAUCUUGGCAUGUAUUGGGUCUUGGCUACAACCCCAACGUCAACCAAAAAGAUAUUGAGCGAGCUGCUGUCAUACACUAUAAUGGGAACCUGAAGCCAUGGCUUGAGAUAAGUAUUCCCAAGUUUAGAAGUCAUUGGGCGAAGUAUGUUGACUAUGAUCAUGUGUAUUUGCGAGAAUGCAACAUCAAUCCAUAGAUGGGUCUUUUCGGUACUUUUGAUCAUAUUGAAGUUUUCUUGCCAUUAGCCAAGUUGUGACGUACCUUAUAGGUCUGCAAUUCCAUCUGUGUAGGGCUUCUAUUUUUUAAAGCUUUACAAUUCUUUUUGUAUACGUUUUCCUGUUCUAUAUCAGUAUUUUUUGGAUUUGCGCAUAGAAGACUAAGAGCCAAAUUCUGAGUAUCAAUUUGCUACCCUUGAUCACAUAACUGCAGAGAUGCUAACUGUACUUGUAAAUGAAAUGAAGAGGCUAGUUUUUUUUUUUUU